AUGGCUGUGAAAGAUCGACUAAGGUAUCGUCACAUUACAACUGACGCUACUUGCCAAUUAUGUGGUGUGAAUGAAACAAUUUAUCACACUCUAUUUGAGUGUGUUGUUGCAAAGGAAAUUUGGCAUUACAGUGAGUACAAAACCAACCUGGAAGAUGCGCCAAAUGAUAAUUUCGCAGAGCUAUGGUUAUGGCUUUGUAAGAAAUAUGAUGCAGAAGUAGUUUGUUCUAUGGCCGCACUGAUGUGGGCUGCUUGGAGAGGGAGGAAUUUAAUCAUGUUUCAAGGUGAGAAUCCGAAUAGUGUGCUGCUGGCUGCGGGGUUUGCAAGGAUAGUUCAUGAUUACAAUGGCUAUGCUAAAAAGGUUCUGCUGCCCCCCUCUGUUCUGAGACAAAAUGAUGCUGCUACAAGCUGGAAGAAACCGUGCCUUGGGUGUGUUAAAGCAAACUCAGAUGCUCAUAUUCUUGAGGGGUGUAAGGCAAGGCUAGGAGUGGUCGUUUAUUUUUAA